GUUGUUUUGUGAGUGCCGUUCAGUCGAAGUUUGGUUUUCCUGUUGAUUACAUCGUCUAGCACUACAACUCAAUAGCUAAAAUGGCGGAAAGUCGUUCAAGACGUGGUGGCGGCCCUGGCCCUUCUGCUACAAACGAUGAUUUAUCAAACAUCGAGUUUGAAACCAGCGAGGAUGUCGAAGUUAUUCCAACCUUCGAUAAUAUGGGUCUUCGUGACGAACUGAUAAGAGGCAUUUAUGCUUAUGGUUUUGAGAAGCCUUCAGCAAUUCAGCAACGUUCCAUCAAACCUAUCAUGAAAGGUAGAGAUGUGAUAGCUCAAGCACAGUCGGGUACUGGUAAAACCGCCACAUUCUCCAUAGCUAUUUUACAAACAUUAGAUACCCAAGUACGUGAAACACAAGUUUUGGUACUAUCACCCACAAGAGAAUUAGCUGUUCAAAUUCAAAAAGUCAUUCUAGCCCUUGGAGAUUUUAUGAAUGUACAGUGCCAUGCAUGCAUUGGUGGUACCAAUCUAGGUGAAGACAUUAGAAAGCUAGAUUAUGGUCAACAUGUUGUAUCUGGAACCCCUGGAAGGGUUUUUGAUAUGAUUAAAAGACGAGUUUUGAGAACCAGGGCAAUCAAAAUGCUAGUUCUUGAUGAAUCUGAUGAAAUGCUCAACAAAGGAUUUAAAGAACAAAUUUAUGAUGUGUAUCGGUAUCUACCUCCAGCAACUCAAGUUGUUUUGGUUUCUGCCACACUACCUCAUGAAAUUUUAGAAAUGACAAGCAAAUUUAUGACUGAUCCAAUCAGAAUUCUUGUUAAACGUGAUGAGUUGACACUUGAAGGAAUAAAACAAUUUUUCGUUGCUGUUGAACGUGAAGAAUGGAAAUUUGACACACUGUGUGACCUCUAUGAUACAUUAACUAUCACACAGGCUGUAAUUUUCUGUAAUACAAAGCGUAAGGUCGAUUGGUUGACAGAGAAAAUGAGAGAAGCCAAUUUCACGGUGUGCUCUAUGCACGGUGACAUGCCUCAGAAAGAACGUGACAACAUAAUGAAAGAGUUUAGAGCUGGCCAAAGCAGAGUUCUCAUUACCACAGAUGUUUGGGCCCGUGGUAUUGAUGUACAGCAAGUGUCGUUGGUAAUUAAUUACGAUUUACCAAACAAUCGUGAGUUGUACAUCCACAGAAUCGGUCGAUCAGGACGUUUUGGCCGUAAAGGUGUUUCUAUCAACUUUGUUAAAAAUGAUGAUAUAAGAAUUCUAAGAGACAUAGAACAAUAUUAUUCAACUCAAAUCGAUGAAAUGCCUAUGAACGUUGCUGACUUAAUCUAAUAAAUUUAAUUUACGUAGUCUUUAACUUAAAACUUAAUCGGUAAAGAAUGAAUGUAAUAUAUUAAUUAUUAAUAUUGACAUUUGAUACAAAUUAUUAAUAUUAAUAGUUAAUGUAUCUGAGUCUUGAAAUGUAUUUUUAAUUAAUGAAAUUGAUAAAACUUAGCCAUUUAUAAUCAUCUAGAAUUCGAAGUUUAGCUUUAUUUUAAAGCCGUUUUGGUAGAUAAAUUAUCUAUAAUUUUCUAUUAACUGCAUUAUGCAACACUCUGUACAGAUUAUGAUUCAAUAAUGACGGUGAUUUAUGAAAGCAUUUAUAUUGUAUGUAUUUUCACCGCUAUCAAUACAAAAAAAUUAUGAAGAAAAAAAA